AUGGCGACUGUCACCACUUCGUGCUUUGAGGAGCAAACCCUCCGACUCGUCCCGAACGAGCAACCCGAAGGUUUCGUCGCCGAGAGGGCGUCCGGUUCCAUCGGUCAGCCCUUGAAUGAAUACCUUCGCAAGCUCGAGGAGAAUGCCGGCAGCAAUGACCGGCUUGCUACUCUCCCCUUGAACAACGCGUUCAACCCUUUUCUUCCUACGCCUCCUCCCGGUUCUCCCCGUGGCAAGACGGCUAGCGAGUUGGGCAUCAACGAGGACGCCCUCGUCCCCGUACACGAUGCUACCGUAGAUGACUUGAUCAAGGCCAAGAUCCACGAAGCCGAGUUGAGCGGCGAGGAGUCGGCCUUUUUCGUCGGCGACCUCUCGGACGUCUAUUCGGCCGUGAAGAAGUGGAAGCAAUCUCCUCUAGGUGAUCGGGUCGAGAUCUUCUACGCGGUCAAGUGUAACCCUUCCCCCGUUGUCCUUCACCUAUUGUCCCUCAUGGGCACUUCGUUCGAUUGCGCCUCGGUCGCCGAGAUCAACACGGUGCUCUCGCUCCCCUCGGCGCCUUCCCCGGACAGAAUCAUCUUUGCCAACCCGUGCAAGCCCGUCAGCUUCAUCCGAGCCGCGGCCAAUAGCGGGGUCGAAAUGAUGACGUUUGACAACGCCGACGAGUUGCACAAGAUUGCCAGGUCUCAUAGGGGUGCCAAAUUGGUCCUCCGAAUCUUGACGGACGAUUCCAAGUCUCUCUGUCGACUCGGCCUCAAGUUUGGAGCUCCCUUGUCGACUUGCGCCGGGUUGAUCAAGCUCGCCAAACAGCUCGGUCUGGAUGUCAUUGGGGUUUCCUUCCACGUCGGUUCUGGCUGCAAGGACCCGAUGCAGUUCGCAGACGCCGUCUGGAGGGCCAAGCAGGUAUUCGAGAUGGGUAAAGCCGAGGGGUACCGAUUCACCUUUUUGGACGUCGGCGGAGGUUUCGAGGCGGUCGUGUUUGACGAGAUGAGCAAGGUCCUCAGGGACAGCUUGGAGGUCUACUUUCCCGUUGCUGAAGGGGUCAGGGUCGUCGCCGAGCCUGGCAGGUUCUUGGUCGCUCCCGCGUUUACGCUCGCGACUAGCAUCAUCGCUCGACGAAAGGCGCUGGAAGAGGAAUCUGUCGAGGACGUUCAGAUGGUUGAAAAGGUCGAGGGCGAAGGUGCCGAUGUCAUGUACUACAUCAACGACGGCGUUUACAGCGCGUUCAACUGUAUCAUGUUCGAUCACCAGAUCGUUCACCCUUACCCGUUGACGAUCGGUCAGGACGUCGAACGCGCCAUCCCUCGUCUUGCUGGCCCGCCUCCUCCCAACGUCCACCUCGCUCAGGACUUGACCGUCACCAUGGGUUACAAGGACACUGAACGCGCUUCGGUCUGGGGUCCCACGUGCGACUCGAUCGAUUGCGUGAGAAACCUCGUUCACUUGCCUCGAGGGAUUCAGGUCGGAGAUUGGCUCGGUUGGGGAGAGAUGGGAGCGUACACCAUGUGCGCCGCUAGCUCCUUCAACGGGAUGCCUAUCGCGCCUUCGCACUUCACUACCGGAGGUCAGGGCGAGGACAGUCGAGAGGUCAGGAGGAUCUUGGACUCGUUUGUCGCUUACUAG